CGUCAAUUCGAAUAGACGUGUGAACUGAGACUCCGAGAUACAGCGGAAAGUAUCUGGAAGAUACGCGUAGUUUGGCAUACCAAAACAACUACUGACCGAAUGCAUUGUUUGUGGUUCAGUGAAGCAGUUAUCGUUUAAGAUUGCAAAUCAGUCAAAUGAAUACAAAUGUGUAUCUGCGAGAUAUGCAGGGCAGUGAUGUUUUUCCAGCCGCAGUGAAAAAUCAAGUGUAAAACCAAAAACCGAAAACGAAAAACCGCCCCCGCAACAAUAAUAAAUACAACCGGUACACGCCGCCAACCCACCCUCCGAAAAAUCGACGUCGCAGUCACAGUCGCAGUCGUCGUCGCAAUCGUUUGGAAAUAAAUCGUGUUUUUUUGCAUUUGUUGUUGGUGUUUUUAGUUGUUUAUACACGCCAAGUUAUUUACGUCGCAAAGGCAAAAUAACAACAAAACGGCUGGUGAAAAACAAAUCGAGUCGGCGAAAAUGUUUUACAAUUAAAAUUACGCGCGCAGCGGCGGGCUCAAAGGUACAAGUAUCUGCAAGAUACACACACGUAGAUCAAAUAAAGCAGAGCAAUAUGCGCAAAUUAAACUAAAAUGCAGCACAUCAGAGCUGUAAAAACUUUUACGACCACACGACUGGUAACUUUGCCACCCGCACAGUCGAAAAUAAUACCAGAUACAAAUUAAGGUCGCUCAGCAGCGGCAGCGCAUAAAAACACGGUGGUAGUGGAAGUGGAAGUGGAAUAUAGCCGUGGCAAAAGGAACUUUUCUACCUGGAGUAUAUUAGUCUCAGUCCCUUAGAUCCUUACACAAAAGGAUAGCCAGCCGGGGAGCGCAAAACUCACACACACACACACAAAGGCCGUAAAACAUUUUAGGCUGCUGCAGGUCUCCUCCUCCCAGGACUCGUAAAUUUCCAACCCAACCAGCACCACCCCGAACAAAAAGAAAACCAAAACACCGAAAAAUCCAAGACACCGCCAAGUAACUGCAUCCUCAACCAACUUAUAUAUAGAAUAUAUAUAUAUAUAUAUAUAUUCGUGCAGAGAUGGCGGGCAACAUUGUCAAAUGGUGGAAGCAUAAAAUUCUCGGCGGCUACAAACAAUUCUCAGUCCAGGAAUGCACCACAGACUCCGAGGAGCUGAUGUACCACCAGGUGCGGGCCUCCUCCUCCUGCAGUGCCCCGCCCGAUUUGCUGCUGGUCAGCGAACGUGACAACAAUAUCCAACUGCGAUCGCCGGUGGUGAAUAUAAUCACCACGCCGCCGGGCAAUGCCUCCAGUGCGGCCAGCAAGCAUCAUCAGUCGUCGUCGCAUCACCAUCAGACAAGUGCCAACCAUCACCACACAACGCGGCACAAUCCCAAUCCUUUGCAGGCCGGACAUCCGCAGGACAUGAGCAGCGGUGGCAGCCACAGCAAACAUCUGCGCAUCAGCAGCACCUCCAACGGCAAGCACGGCAAAUACUCGAAUAUGCAGCACCAUCUGGCGCAGGACGAAGAUGUGGUGGAUGCGGCAGCUUCCAUGCAGCAGCCACACGGCAACCACGCCCACUCCCGCCACCUGCACCAUCACAAGGAGGAGCGCAUCCGGCUGGAGGAGUUCACCUGCGACGUGUCCGUGGAGGGUGGCAAGUCAUCGCAGCCGCUGCAGUUCUCGUUCACGUUCUACGACCUGGACGGCCACCAUGGCAAGAUAACAAAGGACGACAUCGUGGGCAUUGUGUACACCAUAUACGAGUCCAUUGGCAAGUCGGUGGUGGUGCCCCACUGCGGCAGCAAGACAAUCAACGUGCGGCUCACCGUCAGUCCCGAGGGCAAAUCGAAAUCGCAGUCGCAGUCACAGCCGGUGGUUCCUGUGCCAAUGCCCGUUUCCCUGCCCACCGCCGGCGCCGGAUUCAACAACAGCAGCAGCAGUCAUGCCAGCAAGCUGAAGAAGUUGCCCACGGGCCUGGCCACGGCCAUGUCAAAACCACUGGUUGGGGGAAUGGGAGUCAUAUCCUCCGGUGGCACGGCGCUAACGACAUCCGCCGGCAACCGCCGCCAGCAUCGCUAUCGACCGCGCAAACUGAUUAAGUCCGAUGACGAGGACGAUGACAGCAACAGUGAAAAGGAGAAGGACGCGGAGAAGGCUCCGGCCGGUGAACAGCCCAGCGGAAGUGGGGCCAAGACCGGAGGAAGGAGCCAUCACCAUCAGGCCUCGGCCACCAGAUACCACCAGAAGAGCAAUUCCCGGGCGGAGCAGUGCUGCACGGAGCAGAACACGCCGGACAAUGGCCACAAUACCUACGAGAAUAUGCUGAAUCUCAAGUGCUGCAAGCCGGAGAGCGACCAGGUCGAUUGCCCCUCCCACCGCCAGAAUCAUCACCAGAACCACCAGAACCACCAAAACCAGCACCACCAACUCAGGCAGCAGGACAUCUACAUGAAGCAGGCCACCCAGCGGGUCAAGAUGUUGCGAAGGGCGCGCAAACAAAAGUACCAGGAUCAUUGCCUCGAAACGCGACAGCGCAGCCUCUCAGUGGGCAACGAUUCCGCCUGGCAGAAUCGCCAUCUGCAGCCAGCACAGCCACAGCAACCACCGGUGGGUCAGGCAGCUGGCACGCCCCCCCAACCGCUGAGCCACAACAAGAGCGCAUCGGGGUCACCACCAAUGCUGCCAGUGGGUGGCGAACUGAUGCUCGAUGGUGUGCAGCUGCGCCAGCCACGCCCCCAAUCCCUCACCACCCACCAACAGCACCAGCAGCAUCAGCAAAAUCAGCAGCAGCAACGGAAAUCGGCCGAGUGCUGGAAAUCGGCGCUAAAUCGCAACGAUUUAAUUAGCAUCAUCAGGGAGAGCAUGGAGAAGAAUCGCCUGUGUUUUCAGCUGAAUGGAAAACCCCAAGCCAAUGUGAGUCCCAUACGGCAACCGGCAGCACAACAACAACAACAACAACAACAACAGCAACGCCAACGCUGCAAUACGGGCUCGAAAAUACCAACAUUAAUAGCCAACCACAGUCCGGUCGCCCUGCAAUCGCCGCUCAGCUGCAGUCCACCCACGGCGGACUGCAGCACCUCCUGCAUUCCAGUGGCUCCACCGGCCAUCGAGGUCAACGGUCAACAGCAGCAGCAGCAGCAGCAGCAUCAGCAGCAUCAGCAGCAGCACCACAGUCACAACCACCACGAGCAUCCCCAACCACACAUACCCAUCUACCACCAGCAGCUGGCCAUUAAUCCGGCCGUUUUGGCCGCCCAGCAGACCCACAAUACGGCCCACAAUAAGUUGAAUCUGUGUGGCUACGACUCCUUUCUGCAUGCCACCAUCUGGGGCGGGGCGGCCGCCCACUCGCCCCCGGCCACGCCCAGCAAUGUGGCCACGGUGCAGCCGAUACCCAAGAAGAGUGAGAAGAAGAAGGAGUACAAGAACUACGGCAACCUCAUCUACGCCAAGUUGAGUGAGCAGUUGCAGCAGAAGGAUCGGGAGCAACGACGCCAGCGGCACAAGCAGCAGCAUCAGAUCAGGAUGCAGGAUCAGCAGAAGGAUAAUGGCCGGAUGGAGCAGCGACCGCCCACCUCGAACUCCAGUUCGGCGGGCUCUAAGAUCUACGGCGAUGCCCUGGAGUGUGCCCACCUGCUGGCCAGCGAGGAGGAGGACCUGCCCCCCAGUCCGCAGUUGACCAGCACGCCGAGUAAGGUGGUCAGCACCGAUACGCUCAUCGAUCUGAACGACGAUGUGGGCGAGGCGGUGGCCGAGGCCGUGACAGAGGGUGGCAAGUCGAAUGUGGAGGCGGCGGAGGAACUGGAACUGGACACCAGUGCCUCCAGCUCCAUGAUCCACCGCUAUGUGCACGAGCAUAUCCACCACCACUAUCACCACUUCAAGGAGCAGCAGGAUGUCUAGGCUAAGACCACUAUAAACUACUUGAAUGUUGCUUAUGUUUCAGUCUAUUGAUUAAUGUAGCGCGAAUUGUAAUUUAAAAGUAAGCAUUCGUCAACUAAAAAAACCAAGAAAAUAUUCGAAAACGAUAUUAGGGCCACAAGAAGUGGGGUGGGAAAAGUGAGUUUGGAAAUGGUUCAGAAUAUAUCAAAAAAUAUAUAUUUAAGUAUGUUGCUAGUAAAAAUCAUUUUACCUUUUUUUAUUGCGAAGCUAUUUAAAUUUUAAAAUAAUAUUAAAACCCGAAAAUAUUUGUUGUAACUGAAAAUCAUUUAACCUUUUUUCGUAUUACAGAGCUAAUAUAAUUUUAAAAUAAUGUUGAACCCAAAAAUUUGUGAAUACAGGAAAACAUCAAAAUAAUAGCUUAACAUUAAAUUAAACAGUUAACAAACAAUAGUUUAAAGUUCCUGACGUUGUAAAAAUAUAUAAGAGAAACACAUUUAAUUUUUUAUCUAUUCCAAACUCACUAUUCCAACUUUUCUAGGGAAAAUCUUCAGAACCAAACAUUAAACUCUAGGAAGAUUUAACCCAUUGAUCCCAGCAUUAUUGUAGCCACUAUAGCUUACGCAGAAAUCGAAAUGAAAACAUAAAUUAUGCGCCUUUUGCCUUAGCAACAUUUGAAUCGCCGCUUCGCUAAUCUAAUCAACUAGCAACAUAUCACUAUCAGAAACAGUGUAAACUAAAUGGGAGGAAAAAAAACUAUUGUUUAGUGCAAAUUAUUAAAUCAAAUUGUUGUCUAUGAUAUCAAAUUUUAUGCGCCGCUUUUUAAGUGUUUUUUGGACAGAGAGGGCAACAAAUUACAGAUAACAGUGGAACAAUGGGGCCGCCAGUUUUAAGUUAACUAUCGAUCGUGUAUAUUUAUGUUAUCUAAGCCAAUUAAUUUAAAUACUAUUUUUAGUUUCUAACACUAACCCCAAACAAGACAAGCAACAAUGCAACUAAAUACUAAACCACAACAACAUAUACGAAAAGCAAAAGCACAAAUUGUAGUUCAAUUAUUAUUUUAAAACUUGUUUUCAAUUUCAUCAUCUGUCAACCAAUCGAGUUACGAAUCCAAUCUAUCAAUCAAUCAAACGAAUCAAACGAAACAAGCACAAAAACAAAAUGCAUUUAACUCUUAUUUACAUAAAAAAGACUGAUUUCCAAUUAAACAAUAUAUUAAUUAAUUGCAUAUGAAUAAAAAAAUAUAUAUAAAUAUAUAUAGACAAUUUAUGAGAAAUACUAAAUAAAUUAUUGAAUUGCUAAAAUGAAA